AUGCGCAAGAGGGCCACGGUCACCGCCGGUGAGGUGCAGCCGCUUCGAUGCAAGCCUGUUGAGAAGCUCGAACCACCGGCCACCUCAAGGGGACGAGCUACGGCGUCGAGCUGGCGGAGAUGCAAGCUUCUGGCAUUUGUCCUGCUGCUUCCGGUCCUCCUCGGCUCAUUCAUCUAUGUCCGAAAUCGCCUGCACGAUCCACAAUUCGAGACGGAGUUCCUGCUGGGUGCCGUCACUGAUCGAACAGCCCGCGUGUGGGUCUACGCCGCCCACCACUCCCACGUCCUCGUCCACUACCGUCCAGCAAGCCUGGGUGGGGAGGUGUGGCAAGCGAGCGCUGUGCAGCGCGUGGAGAGCGCCAAGGAGCGACAUUGGACGCUGGUGGUCGACCUCAACGAGCUCACACCCAACACGACCUACCACUACCGGGUCCUCUUCUUCAAGUCCGACCCAAGUUCGGCGGCGUCCACCUCCGAAGUCCACCGCUUCCGCACGUAUCCGCCGGUGGGCGAGGGCGCGCGCUUAUCGUUCGUCUAUGGGUCCUGCAUCGAGAUGGGCUUCCCGUGGCCCUUCGACUCGCUCGAGGUCCUCAGCACCUGGAAGCGGCUCUACGACCCGCUCUUCGCUCUGAUCCUGGGCGACAUCGUGUAUGCGGAUCUGCCCUUUCCGAUGCCGUUCGAGCGGGCCUACAGGAAGCUGUUGACCGAUGCACACUACGCGCGCUUCUUCAAGGACGCCUCGCGCUAUGCCAUCUACGACGACCACGAGCUGGCCAACAACUGGGACCGUGGCGCGGACCUCCCCUUGUACAGGGACGCCAUGGAGGCGUACGAUGCGUUCAUCGGCAGUGCCAACCCCGAGCUGCCGCAGGAACGCCCGCUGCACGAGGUCCCCUUUGCGGAGAGGAAGCGCUACUACAGCUUUACGGUGGGCAACGUGGGAUUCUUUGUGUUGGACGAGAGGCCGUAUCGUAGCGGGAACUAUGAACAAGACGGCCCGAACAAGACCAUGUUGGGCGCACAACAAAAGGAGUGCCUCAAGCGCUGGCUUGUCGAGACCAAUGACACACUGGCCUUCCGCUUCAUCGCUUCUCCCGGCAUGUUUGCCUCCGUGGGCGGCCCCGCCGAUGGAUGGGCCUUCUUUGAGCACGAGCGAGAGGAGCUGUUCGACUUCAUGGAGGACCGCAGCAUGCGCGGCGUUGUCCUUCUCUCGGGCGACGUGCACUGGGCCGGCGCGUUCGAGCACCGCAAGGGCCUCUACGAGUUCGCCACGAGCCCCAUCCACACGUUCCCGCUCUUCCCCAACGUGCUCGCGCCCAACGGGGACAACAAGACGCGGCCCGAAGCGCGCACUCUCUUCACGCACACGUGGACGUUCCACUACUCGGUGGUCGAGAUCGACACCGAGGCGGAGCGACCCUUCGUGCGCCACACGACCUACGCCUACCUGCUGGACUCGAACAAUCCGUACCCCAUCCACGACAUCAAGCUGUUCAUCGACGACGUGCAGCUCUCUCCUCCACCUGCAUAA